AUGAAUCCCCUCCGACGACUCGCCUUCUGGCUGCUGGUGCCCGGCCAGCUGUGGUGUCUGCUGGCCCAGGCUGCCACCGUGUCGCAUGACUUCAAUAUCGGCUGGGUCACGGUCAAUCCCGACGGCGCCUUCGACCGCACCGCCAUCGGCAUCAACGGCCAGUGGCCUAUCCCGCGCAUCGAUGCAAACGUCGGCGACAACAUCGUCAUCAAUGUGCACAACCAGCUGGGCAAUCAGUCGACCUCGCUGCACUUCCACGGCCUCUUCAUGAAUGGCACCGUCCACAUGGAUGGCCCCUCCCAGGUCACCCAGUGCCCCAUUCCCCCAGGAGGCUCGUUUACCUACAAUUUCACCAUUGAGCAACCCGGCACGUACUGGUAUCACUCUCAUACCCAGAGCCAGUACCCAGAUGGUCUGCGAGGGCCACUCAUCAUCCAUGACCCCAAGUCUCCCUACAAUGGCAAGUAUGAUGAGGAAAUCGUCAUGACCCUGUCGGACUGGUACCAUGAUCAAAUGGCCCAUCUCAUCCCCCAGUUUAUGAGCAAGGGCAACCCCACUGGUGCCGAACCUGUUCCCCAGGCUGCCCUUAUGAACGACACCCAGAAUCUCCAGAUCUCCGUGAAGCCAAAGACCACGUACCUGCUUCGUUUGGUCAAUAUCGGUGCAUUUGCUGGGCAGUACUUCUGGAUCGAAGGCCACACCAUGAAGAUUGUCGAGGUCGACGGCGUUUACACCAAGCCUUACGAGACAGACAUGAUCUACUUGUCUGCCGCGCAGCGCUACAGUGUCUUGGUGACGACCAAGGACGAUGCCCAUAGCAAUUUUGCUGUUGUGGGAAGCAUGGAUACUUCCCUUUUCGAUGUCCUGCCUGAUGACUUGGACUGGAACGUAACAAGCUGGCUCGUUUACGACAAGUCAAAGGACCUUCCUAAGCCAGCUCUGGUGUCUGAAUUUGAGCCAGCCGAUGACAUGAAAUUAUCACCCUAUGAUAGCAUGGAGCUUCUCCCAGAACCGGAUCGAACCGUCGAGCUGGAAGUGAAGAUGGACAACCUCGGAGACGGCGCCAACUACGCCUUCUUCAACAACAACACGUACCGCGAGCCCAAGGUCCCCAGUCUUUACACCGCCCUCACCGCUGGCGAACUUGCCACCAAUCCCAAGGUCUACGGAGAAUACACCAACUCGUUCGUCCUGGAGAAGGAUCAAAUCGUGCAAAUCGUGAUCAACAAUCACGACGACGGCCGCCACCCAUUCCAUCUUCACGGGCACCACUUCCAGGUCAUCCACCGCAGCGACGAGGACGGAGGCGAGUUCGCCGAAUCGAAUACCAUGCAUCUCGCCUUCCCUUCAACGCCCAUGCGUCGUGACACAAUCGUCGUCGAGGGCAAUGGCAACGUCGUGCUCCGAUUCAAGGCAAACAACCCCGGUGUCUGGCUUUUCCACUGCCACAUCGAAUGGCACAUCGUUUCCGGCCUGCUUGCCACGUUUGUCGAGGCGCCCCUGGAGCUUCAGAAGACCAUCGAGCUGCCUGCCAGUCACCUGGACAACUGUAAGGCUGCGGGUUUGCCGUUCGCUGGCAACGCUGCCGGCAACAAGGACAACUUGUUGGAUUUGACGGGCCAGAAUGCUCCUCCGCCUCCUCUGCCUGCAGGAUUUACCACCAAGGGUAUCGUGGCCUUUAUUAUCAGCUGCAUUGUCGGAAUCACAGGUACGCUGUUCGUGGCCUGGUAUGGUCUGAGUCCGCGAGAAGUCUCCGAGCACGCAAGAGAUGAAGCGUCAGGAGAGGGAGAGGGCGAUGAAACUUCUGCUGCCCAACAAAAUGGUGUUCGAGCUUCAGAGGAUGAAGAGGAACGAAGAUCUACGGAUUAUCUGCUAGUUCCAGAAGUGCUUCUACACACUGUUGUCAAAGCCACUCUAAAAAACACCCCCACUCUAGACCCUGCCGUCAUUGAGGAUAUUGCAGUCGGCGUUGUGCUGUCAGAACUCGGCGGCAGCAAGGCGGCACGAAUGGCGGUCAACCACAUCCCAGAGAUACAAUCCACCAGCACCAGCCUUUACACGGUCAACCGAGCUUGCGCAAGCAGCUUGCAAGCCAUUGCUCUGGUCGGAUCACAGACCGUCACGGGGAUGAUCAGCACAGGAGUGGCGGCGGGAAUGGAAAGCAUGACGCGAAAUUACGGCAGCAAGGCAAUCCCCACUGACAUAUGGCCUGCCCUCCGAGAAAGUCCUGUCCGUGACGCGAGGGAUUGCAUUAUGCCUAUGGGUCUCACUUCUGAGAACGUAGCAGAGCGUUACAGCAUAUCUCGGCAGGACCAGGAUCUCUUUGCGGCAGAAAGCUAUCGCCGCGCAGCCAGGGCACGCCAGAACGGCCACUUUCAAAAGGAGAUCGUUCCCGUCGACACAUUCAUACAAGAGGUGGAUAAGCAAGGAGCUAAUGUUGGAGACGGGCCUAAGAAUAUACGCGUCACCGAGGACGAUGGAAUCCGCUCCAGUAUCAGUCUAGAGGCCCUGGCAAAGCUGAAAUCGCCGUUCAAGGAGGACGGCGCCAGCACGGCGGGAAACUCAUCACAAAUCUCCGAUGGUGCUGCCGCUCUUUUACUCAUGCGCCGAAGCACUGCCACCGCCCUCGGGUUAUCAGACCGAAUUAUCGGCAAGUAUGUGUCUGCCAAAACUGUAGGGUGCAGACCGGACGAGAUGGGCAUAGGCCCUGCUCUUGCCAUUCCGGCUUUGCUCGGGCAGCUAGGCCUUACCAAUGCCGAUGUAGACCGCUGGGAAAUCAAUGAAGCAUUUGCCAGUCAGAGCAUUCACUGUCUUCGUGAGCUGGGCCUGGAAGAGGCCUGGGAGAAGGAGUUGGUCAACCCUGACGGCGGGGCCAUCGCUCUCGGUCACCCUCUUGGAGCUACCGGUGCUCGUAUGGUGAGCACUCUUCUUCAUGGUCUUGAAAGGACUGACGGCCGAGUUGGUGUUGUCAGCAUGUGCGUGGGUACUGGUAUGGGCAUGGCCGGCGUUUUCGUACGGGAAUAG